CAAAACAAGACAAAACUCAACGCAUCCGUGUUUGGUCUUCCAACAACACUUUGCUUCCUUCUCGAAACACCCAACUCAAGUUUCUCAACUGUUUCCGUCACACGCCUACGUUUCUUUACUUCAAUUCCUUUCUUUCUUCUCUUCUCUUUUAACUUCUUAUAACUCCCACCCUUCAUCUCUCUAUAAUUCUUUUUCUCCGUUAGCAUCUGAUUUUUUCUUGCAACUGCUACAGUGCCACCGACACAACCAAGCUUGUAUAGGUUGUGAAUUGUUGUUUGGUUGAUUUGAGGAAAGUAUGAGUGCGAAUCUAAGGAAUGGAAGUGAGAGUUCCAGCUCGAGCUUGAACAGCAGUUUUCGUGAUACCGAGGAUGAUCAAACCAUUGCGAGCAUUUUGGCUGAAGAGGAAACUCUCAACCGGGGUAGCAGACAGCUCGGGAAGCGACUUUCCCAUUUAGAUUCUAUUCCGCAUACUCCUCGUGUUAAUGGAGAGAUUCCUGAUGUCAAUGACGCUACAAUUGACCAUGAGACGCUAUCAGAAAGGUUGGUUACAUAUGGCCUAUCAGAACUGCAAAUGGAGGGCGAUGGAAAUUGUCAGUUCCGAGCUAUAGCUGAUCAGUUGUUCGGCAAGCCUGAUUACCACAAGUAUGUGAGAAGGCAGGUUAUUAAGCAGCUAAAGCAUAACAAAAAAUUGUACGAAGCUUAUGUGCCAAUGGCGUACAAAAGCUACAUAAAGCAGAUGAAAAAAUCAGGAGAAUGGGGAGAUCAUGUUACUCUACAAGCAGCAGCAGACCGGUUUGAUGCCAAGAUUUGCUUAGUGACCUCUUUCAGAGACACUUGCUACAUCGAGAUCCUUCCGACUAACAAAAGGCCCACUAGAGAGCUAUGGCUAAGCUUUUGGAGUGAAGUGCACUAUAAUUCAUUGUACACAAAUGGAGAUGUUCCUACUAGACAUCCAAAGAAAAAAUAUUGGCUCUUCUAGACAGAUGGCAGAUUAUGAAAUCCAAGAAGAACUGAUUUUAUUAUAAUGAGUAUUUUUUUUUUAUUAAAAAGAUUAGUUGUCACCUCCUUUAUGGGGAAAGCAGAUUAUGAAUCAUAAUAUUUAGGUAAUUAUCAUAUUUGUACAUAUUACAUUAUGCAAGCAUAGCUAAACUCAAUGAAUUUAUCUAAACUCUCAUUGUACAGUCUAAUUUCCUGACAAGUAGAGUGCAAAAUUUAUUUCA